AUGUCUGCUCCAAGAGACGACCGGAGUGAUGGGCGCCCGGUCUUUGUGGCUGAGACAGAGGAUGUCCGAGAGUUUGCGAGGUUAUUGCGAGGGGUCGGACUGAAGCAUAACGCCAUAAUGGAAGUCCAGGAAAGCAUGAUGAUCGUGACCGUCGAAGAUUCGCGGACGCUCUGCGCCUUAUCAUACAUCCCGACAUCUAUAUUCAGCACCUGGACAUUCCAUCAGCCCACAGAUGAUCCCCCAAUGUUUGAAUUCUCUCUCGAUUCCAUGCUUCAAUGUCUGAACAUCUUUGGCAACGCCGGGUCUUCUGGCAAAGAUUUUAACAUCAAAGCCAAGAAGAGAUGGGCUGGAGAGGGUGAUGGUCUGAAUCUCGGAGGGGAAGAGAGGGAAGAUGAUAGGCGGUUCACGAGGGAUAAGAGGGGAAUGACGGGUAUGAGGAUGGAGUGGAUGGGACCGGGGUAUGAGCUUACUUUGCUCUUACAAGAUGAACACAAAGGCCCGACAACGACUUGCUCGCUGCGGACGCUCGAACCAGAAGAGAUCCUCAAUCCUCCAUUCCACCUCGAAGAUCUCAACCUAAACAUGAUCAUGCAAUCCGAAUCCUUCCGCAACGCUCUCCUCGACCUACCCCCAUCCUCCAGCCGCAUCACCAUAACCGCCAAACCGCCUUACAAUGGCGAAGACUCCGAGGACGACCGAGCAGCCGACGCCGACGAGUCUGAUGCCAACGUGCGGCGAAGGCGAAAGGUCAGGCAAGAGCAAGGGCAGUUCAUCAUCAAGGCGGAAGGUGAUCUGGGGACUGUGGAGUUGGAGCACCCGAACGAUCGGGAUAUCAUGCAGUCGUUCGCUUGUGUAGAGGGUGGGAUGACCUUCAGCUACCACUCGGUACACUUUGCGCACCUCGCCAAAGCUCUUCAAGGCUCUAUCAAGAUCUGUCUACAGAUAGACGACGAGGGGGUCUUGAAUGCGCAGAUUAUGGUGGCAGAAGGAGAUGGUAUCGGCGGACACCGUGGAUUACUGGAGUACAAACUGCAGGCGCUCGAGGACGAAGCGGAAUAA